AUGGGUUACUCGACCGACGCGAAACGCAAUCUCAUCAUCGUUUCCAAUCGGCUUCCCUUAUCCGUCAAACGCGUUGAUGGCGCGUUUGAGUCUUCGCUCUCGAGUGGUGGCCUUGUCACAGCAUUGUCGGGGCUGACCAAGUCUACCCAAUUUCGAUGGUUCGGCUGGCCCGGUAUAGAGGUGAAGGAGCUUCAAGAUCAAAAAGAAGUGUUAAAAAGCUUGGAACAACACAACGCAAGCCCAAUUUUUCUCGACAGUGAUCUGGCUCAUGAGCAUUACAAUGGAUUCUCAAAUCGCAUCCUCUGGCCGAUCCUCCACUACCAAUCCGGCGUGCUAUACGAUGAUACUCCGUGGCAAGCAUAUAAACGUGUUAACGAGCUUUUCGCCGACGCAAUUGCCGAUGCAGCAGAAAGCGGCACGUUGAUCUGGGUACACGACUAUCAUCUCAUGCUUCUCCCCGAAUUGCUCCGCAAAAGACUCCAAGAUCGGGGAAAGGCCUGCGCAAUCGGAUUCUCUUUGCAUACCCCAUUCCCCGCCGGUGACUUUUGGAGGAAUCUUCCAGUUCGAAAGCACUUGAUUGAGGGUCUGUUGUCGAGCGACUUGAUUGGUUUCCAUACCGAUGAGUAUAAACAAAACUUUAUUGACACGUGCGCAAGUCUACUAGGGGCGGGGACCCAAAUCCCGAAUCAAAUCCAGUACAAGAAUCGCCUCGUCUGCACAGAUAAGUUCAUUGUCGGUAUCGAUCCGCAGAAGUUCGCCGAUACGCUGAAGACCCCCGAAGUUCAGGACCGAAUCAAGACACUUAAGGAGCGGUACAAGGGGAUGAAGGUCAUUGUCGGGGUGGAUCGAUUGGACUAUAUUAAGGGCCUGACGCAAAAGCUGAAGGGCUUCGACUCGUUCUUGGAGGAUCACCCGGAGCUUCGGACGAAAGUGGUGCUUAUCCAAGUUGCUGUGCCUAGUAGAGAAGAUGUGAAGGAAUACCAGGAGCUCGAAACGGAGCUUUGCACCAUCGCGGGCAAGAUUAACGGCAAGCAUGCAACCCCGGAGGGAACACCGCUGCUAUAUAUGCACAGAUCGGUCCCAUUCACCGAGUUGACAGCGUUGUACUCAGUUGCAGACGCUUGCCUGUUGACAUCGACACGAGACGGGAUGAACCUAGUCUCUUUCGAGUAUGUCGCAUGUCAGGAACAAAACCACGGUGUGCUUGUGUUAUCCGAGUUCGCUGGCGCAGCGACAUUCAUGAGAGACGGGAGUAUUCCGUUCCACCCUGCGAAUACCACGGAAAUGUCAGAAGCUCUCUUCGCGGCGUUGAAUCUCGACGACAAGGAACGGCAGCGAAAGUUUGAGUUCCUGUGGGAUUUUGUCACGAAGAACACCAGUGCCAAAUGGGGUUCUACCUUCAUCGAGAAGCUUUCACGUCGGUGUAGUCACUCUAGUGCUCCAUGCUAA